GCCAAUGUACCGGUAGGCGACAGUUAUAAACGCUUAACUACAACUGCCGACCCUCUCUCUUUCCACCCCCCUUAAAACGACUUCUUUACAAACUCACGGAAAAGUGAGUCUUUCGCGCGUUUACACGCGUUAUCCCCUUUUUUUCACGGUGCACCAAACCGCCAAAGGAAUCGCCACCGUCUGAUGAAACGUCGCCAAGAUACUUCUGCAAAGCUCUAGAUACCAAGAUAUAGGCCAGCGAUCCUGAUCCUGCCCCUGUUUUUACUUCUUUUCUAGUCUACGCUCUCGCCAACAGCCCUCUACUUUUCUAAGUCCAAUCAGGAGCAAAAAUGGCCGCUUUUGUCGCCAAGCAGAUGGUCGGCAGCAAGCUCAACGCCGUUAAAGGUGCAGUGGGCAACGAGGAAGAAGGCACUUCCGAGGACAAGGAUGCUGCCGACGAGGAGGAACAGGAACGUCUUGAGGCCCUCCGAGAGGCCGAGGAGCGAAGGAAGGAGAAACACAGGAAGAUGGAGGAGGAGCGUGAGAAGAUGAGGCAGGAGAUUAGAGACAAAUACGGUAUCAAGAAGAAGGAGGAGGUUCAACAAGAGGACCCCUUCGCCGACAUGGAAGGCAGCAGUCUGAAUCGGAAACGGAAGACGCCCGCGGAACUGGCCGCAGAGGCGGAAGCGGAAGACCAGGAUGAAUUCACAAAACUGAAAAACUCUCUGGAGACACAAGUGAAUGAGCUGAAGUCUACGAUUGAAGGAAAGUGCAAUCUUCAGUGAAGUCCUCCUUCAGCCCACCAUGCUCUCCGAACCUAAUUCCUUUCUUUGUUUUUAUUUUUCUUUCUCCCAAAAUUCGCUCUGAUUUAUAUAUAGCAAAAAGGUCAAAGUACCUUUGAAUCUUCAUUUUCCUUGAAGAACAUGUUUCGUUUCGCUUCAACAUUUUUUUUAUUCUUUAUUUUUUCCAUUCUAUCAAUGACAAAUUACUGAAGCACCCGCCUAAACGAUAGGUCCGACAAAGCUAUUCUAUCGUGUAUACUAUUGUAAUUUUUCUAACACGAAAUAAUUGAAGGCAAUGUUAUGAUUAAGCACCAAAGAAAAACAUUUCAAAAAAAUUCUCCUAUUUUUUAUGAUGAAAAAGGAACAUUUAUAUUGACUAGAAUUGAAUUAGAAAAUUUUCACAUGUGAAUACGAACAUGAAAUUUUAAUUCAACAAAACUGCAUAAAUACGAAAUUCCGGCCAAAAAGAAUUAUCGGUGUCACAAUAAGUUCUAGCCUCCCUAAAAGCCAUUUGCCUUUUUGUUUCUAUACAAAUUUCCUGAGAUAUAGUUUUUGAUACAUUUAAAAUUUUUUAAUCUAUUCUAUUUUCUACCUAGUGUUUCUUGAAUACGCGUCUGGGGGUUUAUCAAGUAUCAGAGAACAAUUUCGACUUUGAAAAAAAAUACGUUUAAAUUUCUUUUCUAUAUGAAAGAUCCUCAUCGUAAUUUGGAAAAGUGACAUAUCUUCGGAUCGCAUAUCAACAAAAAAAAAAUUCCUUUUACGUUGAAAGAAAGCACACAAAAACGAAUAAUAAAUUGUCCAUGCGAAUAUAGACUGCGAUACUAGCUUCCUUAUCUUACAUUCGACUGUGUGUAACACACUUCUUCAGCAAUAAUCUUUCACAAUUAUAGUUUUGCUAAAAUAAUAUAUAUUUACCAAAUAUACAGCAGCAAUAAUGGUUUUAGAGAACUUUGAAAUAAAAAGGCAAAUCGGGCUUAUAAAAUGUGCGAUACUUGAGCGGGUCUCUUCAUUUUCUUUUUAUUUCUUUACCACUAUAAAGAAAUGGAAAUUUUCAUUUGAAUACAGAACAGUAAAUCAAUGUGUCUGAUUUCGUUUCUAUUAUUUCAAAAAACAUUCCAUCCUAUUCUCUUUUCUUAUAGCCUCUUAAUACUGAGUUGCAUUCUGCUGCGGAAUGUUUGUUGAUAGAUGAACCUAAUGCAUUAGAUUUAUUCAUUUACUUAAAAAUAAUAUUGAUUUUAUUAAAAAAAAAUAAUAUUUUAUUUAAAAUAUUAAUCUUUUAUCUGCUUGUUAAACAAAUGGCUAAAAUUUUGAAAUUAUUUAUUAUUUAUGGAAAUUAUAGAAUAAAUUAUAAACUUAUUUCAAUCAAACUAUUUUCAUUCUUAAGUUUUGCUUUGAAUGUAAAUUCAAACUGAUCAUCUAUGGUGUUAAAAUGAAAAAUCCUAUAAAAUAUAAAUUUCAUAUUCUUCUAUUUUUGAUUGAAAACUAAUUGUGUCUAAAAUAUUCUUUCAGUAAAUUUCCAUUAACGUUUUCUGUUAAAUUAAAAUUAAACAACUUAUCAAUCAUUACUACCAACAAACUUCCGCAGAAUGUAGAUCUGUUUGCUUAAAGUCCUGUUUUCCAAUGAUAUUCUGAGAAAUAAGAAAAGAUUUUUUUUUGUUGGACUUAUUUUACCUGAACCAUUCAAUGAACUUGUACCCCUCUAUUGAGUGGUUCAUAACCACUCUCCCAGCUAUUUUCCUUUCGGUUGAUUGGACAAGAACCUUCUCUUCCUGUUAAAAUAUCACGUUCGUUUCCUAACGAACAUCUUCGGAGACAAACCGCUUGAUUAACCACCUAAAGAGACCCCGAAAGACGUUUUUCAGGAUCUGGAAUGCAUCCAGCCCAGUUCGUUGUGCAAGACUGGAGAUUGUCAAAAAAAAAAAAAAAAAGGGGGACGAUUAACAAUGUAACCACCCUCACUUAUUUAUUCAACCAGUUCGAAAGACAAAGGAACUCGGCAUAUAUCCAAAGAGAAACGCUUUUGGAAAUAAUGUAACUGGUUAAAAGGUUACAAAAAAAUAACCGAGAAAAAGAUGAUUAUAAAUAUUUCGAAAUAUGUGUAAUGUAUACAGAACAAUAUUUUGAGAUGAACCAUUGAAAACUCUGGAUUACUUGAAACUAAAUAUGUUAGAUAAUUUUUGAAUUGAGUUCAUAAAUAUAUUGUGCUACGAUCUUGGAUAUUGAUGAAGUUAUUAUAUUUAUGAUUUAAAAUUUCUCUAUACAUCUUUUUCCAUAUGACUAGUUUUUAUUAUGUAUGAUGGUGCAUUAAGUAUGGUACAUGUAUGUGUAUAUUAUUUAUAAUGACAAUUUAAUUUCAUAUGUAACAUUAAGUUUCCAAAUUGUUUAUGAAUUGUCAGAAGAAUAUUUAGUUCAGUUAUUUUAUAUUUCAUAGCGUUUGACUGAAUUUUGUUUUUGAAAUAUAAGGAUUUGAAUAAUGUAAUGUAAAGCUAUAAAUAAUACUAAAUGAGUUAUGAUAUAUAUUUAAGAUCACUGCUACUACAAACUUAUGAAAAUGUGUUUUUCCAAACGUUACUUCUUUUUAUGGAUUCAGAAUUUUCGCAGGUAAAGUGGAUUUGGGCGGUAUCCAACAGUAAUUGAGGCAUGAAAUUUCUCUACGUUAUGGAUUAAAAAAUACCCGAGGAUGAUUGAUGUUGCUCGUUCUAGUUCGAGGUGAGGGCUGGGUUGAUUUCCAGAAGUGAUUUCAGGUCCACCGUUUCUUGACUCUGUAGGUUUGUGAACUGUAGAGGUAGACCAUGCAGGUGGAUUACGCCUCAAUGAAAACAACGAAUAUUAGUGUUUAAAUUUCUUAGUUAUAACUUUGACGUAGACAUUAUUUUUUACGUGAACCUCGUGUACUGAACAUCGUGUAGUUUUUGCCCUACUAAGAACUUGACAACACCUUUUUAAGUCGCACUUCGAUUUCUUUUGGUUUUCUUGUUACCUCUUUCAAAUAAAAGUUGGAUCACAGAGUUUGAACUUCAGAUUUCCUCGACGAUUGUGGGGAAUUUCGAUUGUUUAAAUUGAUUUCGUAUAACAGCUACCCAAUAUGUUAUUCUAAUUGAGAGAAAAAAAUUACGAACUUUUAAUUAAAGUAAAUCUAUUCAAUUCCGGGAAACGAAGAUAUUGAUGAUAUAUUUAAUUACAAAUUAAAGAAGAAAAUAAUGGUAAGAGGAUAUUUCUAAUUAUCCUUAUUAAAUAAAUGAAAAAUUGUGUUUCGAAAAAUUAAUAAAUUCAUUUUUCAGAAUAUCAAUAUUCAGUUACAGAACGAUGCGAAAAAGUAUUGGAAGAAACUAAGUACCCAAAAAUUGCUUUUCUCGAAUAUUUUUGAAAAUAAAAUGAAUACAAAUUUUCCUAUUUUAAUUUCUAAAAAAAUGAUAAAACAUCUGGAAGAUAUUUCAAACUCGAUGCUUCUACUUUUUACCUGAAAUAAUUUACAAUAUUUUCUGUAGAAAUCUUAAAAAUAUUAUGAAAAACAAUAAUUAUAUAAAAAAAUUACGAAAACUGAUAAAAUAUAGCGGAGAAAUAAGAAACCAGCUUGAUAACAGAGAAGGAAAAAAAUUUUCCGAGUCCUGAAAUUAACAACUUAAUUUUUUUUUCACCAUCGGAAAGCAUUCUUUCUUUUCAAGUAUAUGAGAACUAAAUAAAUUAUGAUUCUUUAUCGUUACUUAAAAAGAUCAAAUUUUCAGCCAAAUGCAUUAACCAGCCAAACAGAUACGUUAACGAACAUGGUAGAUUUGGCGUCGUGUUUUAUCAUUGUCAAGCAUUUUGGCGACCGGCAUGACAGAAAGUGUCGUAUUCCAUGCCAAAUCUUAUACUUGGCAACUAACUACAUCUAAGCUAAUGGUGAAACGGCCACAAUUUUUAACUUGUUAGAAUCUGUCGAACUAAUUUGUCUUGAAAAUCGUUUAAUCUUUUUAAAUUAUUUCUACCAAAAUAAUGCAUUAAAACCUAACACAUUUAAAAAAAUCUUGUGAUAUUUCAUGCAUAAUCUAUGUCCUUUUUACUACAUCAGAUUUUGAUAGUUACUUUUUUUUUUAAAUAUUUAUUUGCACUAAGCAGGACUCGGUUAAUUUUACGCCAUCGCUUAUGCGCAUGUGCCGAGAGCGAGUCGCGUAGACGUGAAAAGCAGCAAACUCUGUCCUAGUGUGCGUGUGAUCCCUGCGUGUGUGCGUGAGUGUGUUGUACUUAGAAAUAGACAACUGUUGCCUUUUCUCAUCUGUAACAUUCAUUUAGAGAUUAGCGAUUUCUGACUCCUUGUGCGCCAUCUCCGUACCUUUUCUCGAUUAGGCUCCAGGCAAAAAGGAAGGUUGCUGGCUCAGCGUCCCCACCCUGCUCCCUGGCACUGUCCACCUCUACGCCUUUGUAUAUUUGGUUUGGAAUCGGUGGACAGCGGUCGGUUGAACUUGUUUGUUGAUUAUAAGUAAUAAUUUUUCAUAUUCUAGUUAUGAUAAUAUAUAUUCAACCGAAUGUUAAUUCUUUCCAUAAUCUAUAAAUUUCACGGACCGGUUUAAUCAAGAGAAUCCAGUUAAUAAAAAUUCCUAUGUAACAACAAUAUUCCUUGAAUUAUUCCUUUUUUUUGGUAAAAAAUCGUUCCAUGUAAAAAGAUCAUUGUUAUCAGAUGAGAAAGAUGUUUAUACCCCCUUAUAAAUUGCUUGAACAUUACAUUACAUUGUACAUUAAGACAUUAAUGUAAUGUAUAAUCCAAUAGAACAGAUCAUAGUAAAUAUUAACUUUAUAGUUUGAUUGCACAGAAGUUGCUUCAAGUGCAUAAAAUUAAUGUUGCAAUAUGUGCGAUAUUUCUUCAUCUUCAUGAUAUAAGUUUAUUUGGCUCACAGCUUGAUAUUAGAAAAAUCACAUUACUGCCAAACUAAAGGUGAGUCCGCAAUUUCUUAAUUAAACCCUACUGCAAUUUAAACGGUAGACAUUAAAAGGAUUUUCUCUCUCUCCUUUGAUACUUUUUAAAUAGCAUUUGCAUUAGGCUUUCUGAGAAUAUUUUAGAUUUAAUACUCUGCAAUUGCAGCAUAACAGCAUGAUAUUCUCAAGAAAAUUUGGGGGAAGGUUGGAGGGCAUAAAAAUAAUGUAUAAGAAGUCCACUAAAUUUUGCUUCCUUAUUAUCUUCAAUACCGACCGAGAUCCACCAAUUUCUUCUGCAUUACACGGUCGCAUUCCUUCCCCACAAUGACCCCACCCCCCAUUCCCCACUGCAGCCGAAGCAGUAAUAUCCGCACUUCUCUUCAUUUCGUCCAGCAUGAGAGUAACAUUUCAUUCAAAAGCUGAAGGUGUAGGAGAUGAAGCUGAGCUUUUUGUGAAGUGGACGCAAGACAAAUACAAAGAAUAAAAAAACUAAUUUUUAAGCCGCAGGCUUAAAUAUAAAAAAAGGUUCAUACACAUCGAAACGACUUCCUUUCCUUCUCUCUAGUGUGCCCUCUUUCUAUUCUGCUCUGUGAUGUCCUUUUUCACUUCGCCGUGUUUUCAUCUCACACUGCGAUUCAGUUCCCUCUUCUCGCAAAGACAGUUGUUUAACAAGUGGGUUGCUCUUCAAAGGGUCUGUACCUUGGGCAAUUGGCUAUCUUUACCCAAUAAAAAAAGUUCUUAUUGUAAAAGAGUUAUAAUUGGAAGAAAUAUGUACUGUUAAAUUUAAUGGCAAUGCACCUUAGAACAAGUUCAUACUCAAAGGACAUUACAAAAGUAGCACAAAUAUUGUAGAAUAUUGUAUGACAUUAAUUAAUAUUCGCAACAUUUUAUACUAUUGCGAAAUAUUGAUUAAUAUUAUAUAAUAUCGCACAAUAUUGUAUAAUAUUGUGCAGCACGUUGUUUCUACCUGGGAUAUACAGUACAUGUAAAAUGAAAAGGGUGAAAUAAAUAUAGGCUUUAGCUCAAACAUACAAAAUUGAAAAUUAAAACAAAAGAUCAUAUUCUUCUUCCUUGCUGAAUUUAGAAGGUUGUUGAUAUCCAACCUAUAUAGUUAAAGAGGUCUCUACUGAUGACCAUGUAAUUCUCUUUUCAUUAAAGAUAAUAAUAGCGGAAAUGACUUCUUUUCAGAAGCAUUGAACAAACUAGUUAUGUAAAUUAUUCAGUUUUUCUUUACGGGACAUUGCAUUGAACACAUUCUGCGCUGAAAUGAAUUCUUGCUUCCAGCUUUGGAUGAAAAUCAUUCAUUAUAUUUCGUGAAAUGUAUGACGGAUCAAACGAUCACUUCCUGUUUUUUUUGAAGCAGGCAAUAUUGAAGAGUCACUCGCUUGAACCUGUCUAUUGUUACUCAGAUGGAACUGAAUCGCUUCAAAAAAAAAAAAAAACUCAUUAAAAAUCCUCCAUUUUAUUUACUUUGAUGUUCGAGUUUACUGAGAAUCUAGUCACUCGCAAAAUCGUACCCAUGUCUUAGAACCUCAGUCCUUUUGAGAGGUUACACAACUUAACGAUUCGCUGUUUUGAUACCGAUUGUAUAUCUGUUUAUUACAUAAUUUGAAAUAUUAAAUGCUAUGAGAUACCAAUUAAUUAUAAAUUUCGAGAACAAUCUCGUCAAGUUGGUUGUUGUAAAAUCUACGUUUUUGAAAUUUUAUCUUAAAAAUAUUUUACUUUCGAUUUUAUUUUUCCAAAAAAAAUUAUUCGAUUUGGGUUAUUUUAAUUCAAUUUGACUAUCGAAUCGACUGGACAUCGUAACCUCAACAUCAUCCAUUGUCAUCUCGAAAAUCGCGUUGUUUGAAAGAAUGAAGAAAGAUCUGGAAUGAAGCAAUGCAAGAGCGUACCCCUACAAUAUCACUCAAGCUGUGAUAUGUCACACCUUACUUCUUUUACUUCUCUCUCACACAGGAUUUAAUGAGCUGUUUGCAGGUUAUGUAUGAAGCAAAAACUCUUAACAAGCUUAGAAACGGUGUUCAAAUAUUUUAAAUUUAUUCACCGCAUGUAUUUAUUCAAAAAUUAGAUUGACUGUUGUUGUUACCAUUUCAUAGUACCCAUACUUUCUGGAACCAGCAAGGCUACAAUUCAGUUCUGCGUUUUUGCUGAAUAGAGGAGUGAAUUUUCGACAAGAAGCAAACCAUACCAUUGCACAGCUUUGGAUAUUUUAAAUCUACUUGAUCUUUUUAUAAUGCAAUCUAAUAACCUCAACGCGUCACUUGAUCUUGAACUGAAUAAUUUUUGAUGAUUAUUACCUUAAGCACAGCUUACCACCUUGCCAAUCAACUGUGUUUUCGAUGUCACUUGCCGGUGUGUGUGUGCUUUCUCUGCCUUUGUGUAGAUCUCGCCAGGGAAAUCCCCCGCAUACCUGCUCUCACAAUCCACUUAUGCUUACGUCACAACCGUCGCUCCCGAUGCACGGGCGAGAGAACCCCGUCGAUUCGUUAGAAACAGGAAUUCAGGCGCGCGUGCCGCAAAUACAACCCUCUCGAUGUACUAUCGCAAUAAACGUGCCCAACGCUUCUUGUGCAGCCCAGUGCGUGCUCGUCUAUUCUAUGUACCACUGUUAUAUGUACCUCUGUAUAACGAUGAUUUUCAAAAUAUUAUGCAACUUUUUUCAAUAACAUUGCACUACAACUCGUAUAUCAUCUAAAUCUUUUAUGCAUGUAUUAAACUUUUAUGCAUAAUUUUUCAAAAGAAACUAUGUAAUCAGACCUUGCUAUUGCUUAUCAGCAUUCUUACAACUUCUGCACCUGUUCUGCCAUGAAUUGUUAAUGAACCAAUUUUUCCCUUUCAUACAUUUCAGUGUUUCGGAACUUUUGGUUGGCAAUUCCUUAUAAAAAAGAAAGAGUAUAUAUUUCUUUGGUAAAAGUACUAAAAUAUCCAUUUGCUUAAUAUUAAGUGCAUGUUGUUUUAAAAUCAUGAAAAACUAAAAAGGUCUUCUAUGUGGUUUGCUUCUCCUAGUUUCUGGUAUAAAAUAACAAUUACAAACAUAAUGUUAUAGUAUUUGGAAUUUCAAACUAAAUAAAAAGCAUAAAUGAAUUUAAAAGAAAAGUAUAAUUUCAGCAAUAAAAAAUAGUAUGCAGUUUGUAAAAAAAAAGAAUACUGAAAAGGAAAAGUAACUCAGGAUGAUGAAACCAGAAAGUAUGGGUAAUAAAUUGCAUCUAUAAAUAACCCCAUGAUUUCCAAUCGUGUUUUUAUUUUUACAAAAUUAUAACGACAAGAAAACUUAUUUGUGAAAUUUGGCCAACCUUUAGAUCUCUUUCAAGUUUAGCCGGGAAACUUUAGUCACUGAAAGUACAUAAUGGCUCUUAACAUAAUACCUGCACAUCAGCUUUAAGCCUGAAUUGCAAUUUUAAUUUUCUUCAACGUUCACUUCGCUUUCUUUCCCUUUUCUUGUCUCAUCUCUCUGAAAAUGUACAACACUCCAGACUCUCCUUUUGUUGCACUUUCUAUUCCAAUCACUAACUCACACUCUUACUAUCAUUUCAGCACUUUUUCACUCCGUUUUUCUUGAAUCUAACUACUUUUAUUGCAAUAAUUACUGGAAGAGGGCGCUGUAAAACAACGACGAUAUGUUUUCAGUGUUGUUUCUCAUUUUAUAUAUAUAUAAAGGUGAAUAUAUAUAUACAUAUAUAAAUGCUUCUAUAAAUAUUGUACUCUUUCUCUUUCUCUCUCUCUCCUUUCAGUAUGUCUAUUCGUGUGAGCGUGUGUCUAUGUGUGAUGUAAAUAGACUUCGUUUAUCUGUCAAAUCUGUGAUUUCAAAAUAAUUAUAAAAUCACGAGGAGUCUCCAGUUUCUGAAAAUGUCUUCUAGAUGUCACUGCAAAGAUGCAAAUUACCUUGCUCAUAAUUAAAACCGAAGAUUUCACUGAAUUCCAGUGGCAUAUUAAGGCUAAAUUAUGUCUAGGCCAAUGUAAUUUUCUUUAUAUAUUAACCUUCAGAUGAUUUCCAACUUCGGUGGGGAACAUAUUGAUAUCUGUUUCGGCUCAGCAUCCGAAGGUCGAACCUCGUUAUAAUGAACACCUGCGUAAAAAUUUGAUAGAUUUGACUGUACUAGAGUUUGCUAUAAAUUUGUAUGGAAAAAAUAUUUUUAAUAUAUUAAAUAUCUUUGAAUAUACAUUCUUAAACAAAAUUAAAUUGAAAUAAAAUCUACUGAAUGAAGUUGUAUAUAAAUUUAAAAAUGCAACGCAAAUGUAAUAUUUGAAAACUUUUUCCAAUUCUUCAUAUUUCUAAAAUGCUUAAGUUUUUGACAAAUGCAUAAAAAAAAAAACAUUUGUAUUUUUACCAAAAAUAUAACAAUUCUUUUAUCAGUGAUAAUAUAUAUAUAUAAUAUAUAUAUAAGGCUCCAGAAUUUCAUAAAAUGUUUUGAGCAGGAACUUUAAUCUAGAAACUCCUAUAUAAUCUUUAAAAGAUAAUUUGGCUUUCAUUUAAAAUUUUUAACGGAAGUGACUACACUGAUAGCUGCUGGCAUUGUUAUUGUAACAUUUUGGUCGAUUUUUCAAGAGAAUGAAGUAAAAUUUAAGUCUAACUGGAAUUUUCCAAACGAUUUUCAGAAAUGGAGACUCUUCAAUUUCACUGCACUUUGCUAUUAUCACCUUAGAAAAUACAUUUACCUAAUUUACUGAAUAUAUAAAUGUGCUGUACAACAGUGUGAUCCGCUAAUAUAAUUAAAAGAAAUUGAUUAUUGUGAAUUGCAUUCUUCGUUAAUGCGUGACGCUGAAGAAGAUAUAAAAAAAUGCGAUCAAAAGUAAGUAAAAAAAAAGUAACUACUUCCGUUUCCCCACAUGACUCUGUCGUUUGCUCGUUUCCGUUGAAUGUACGUGGACUUUUGACAAUAUAAGUUAUUUUAUACUUUUGUAUCGUGUACGGCACCUGUCAUAACCUAAAAAUAAAUAAAAUAACAAAUGAAAUGUUUAACAAAAUAUUAUUUAGAGUGAUAACACAUCUUGGAGGACACGACUUUUUUCACUGUAAAUAGACAACAUGAAUACCUAGAUGAUAGCUUUAGUAAAACCGCGCGCAGAUAUCUACUUCAGUCUUGUAAAUAAGAGUUAAUGAAAAAAAACGUAGCUGUGUUUUGUGGUAGAUAAAAAAAUAUAUAAAUAAAAUAGAUUGAAAAAGUGUAUAAUGUGUUGUUUCUUUAAAAAAUAAAUACAAACUGCGACACGCGUAUUGUUUGUGUGUUUUCUUUCACUUUUCACCACUUUCCUGCGAGAAUAUGAUUUAAAUUUCUUCUGCAGAACUCGGUGCUUUCAGGGUUGGAGUAUUUUAAAAGAGAGCACGUACUCGAGAUGAAUCUUCCCAUUCAAUGCAAAACGCUUAGAAGGAUUUGUUAUAGUUCUUUCUGUAUGGGCUCAAUUUCCAAAAUGUAUUAAAACCAUUUUACGGAUUUAUUGUUUCCAAAAAUGAAUGCAAAUUUUUUAAUAACAAUAUUUCUUGCAAUGCCUAUCGAAAAAAACCCACACAUUUUAUUAAAACAUAUUGUUUUCUGAAUUUUAAGUGUCAGUAAUUUUCAUAAAGAAACAAAAGUUUUUGAAUGUAAUUAUGCUUAAUUUAUAAUAUUAUUAAUGAAAAAUUAUAAAUUUGGAAGGAUAGCCAGACAUUAAUAUUUGCGGUGAAAAAAAUUGCAUUCAUUUCCAAGACUGGUGAAUCACUAAAGUUUGAUUUUACCACUCUGCCCCUCCACAUACCUCUUAAUUACAACCCCCCCCCCCUAUUAGAAAACAAUUCAUCCAUAGUGCACUUGAUUUACAAGAGUUUUAAUAACAUAUCUUAACACACUUGCAACGAAUCGAUUAGCAGUAAAAUUCGCCUACAGUCAAUGUUACCUUAUCUAAGUAUAGUUAUCCUUCACAAAUACUGGCAAUAAUAAAUUUAGAGGAUUUUAUGUACAUAAAUAUACACAAUGACUUGAUUAUAAGAUACUGCGUGCUUCAUUAAUGUUUUGGAAGGUUUAUCAUUCGGCUUCGAGAUACAGUGUCACAUUGUUCUUGUUGCUGUUGCAAUGUGUUGUUGUUCGCGAUGUUGCAGUGCAUCAUUGAAUGUGGCAUUUGUUUUUGCAAUAUUCUUAAUUCUGCAACGUUUUAUCUGAUGGGAGGCUUCGCUGAGUACGAAUGCUGCUGCUGGGGCUUUAAGAGCUUUCACUUCAAGGGAGGAAUGCUGGUCAGUGUACUUGCUUUACAGCAUCAUUGUAAAAAAUAUAACAAAUAAAUAUAUGGCAAACAGCAAGAUGUAGUGACUGGUUCUGUCUUAUCAUUGCCUAUUGCAUAGCAUUUUAUUUGUUUUGUCUUUGAUAUUCAACCAUGUGCAUACCAAGAUCUGUCGCAGAUUUCCUUAUAUAUAUAAAUAUAUACAUAUAUCUUAUUGUGUGAUACAGUGAUAAAAAUAUUUAAAAAAAAUAAACCUGUAGAAUUUUUUUUACUGACAUCUCGUGUCUUGUGAGUAGACGAAGGAAAUGAAUAAGAAAUAAAAUUUUUGUGCGCAAUCUAUUUAAAGACGAAGAUUUUUCUGCAAGUCUUAAGAUAGACUAUUUUAGUUCUUAGUUCACUUUUGGGUAGGAAACUGGUUCUCUGUAUUAUUGCAGCCUAGAUCUUAACCAAAGGCAAAUAAGACUCAGCGACCUUGUGAUGUAGCGAAUCAUUUUCUGUAUAUUGUGUCUCUUCUGACUGCAUAACAUGUGAAAUCAAAUCUAUGAAAAUAUUUCCUCCGAAGCGCAUACUGUUGAGUUUUUCAAAUGAUGUAGAAUACUGACAUAAGCUCUCUAUAGUGGAUACAUUUCAAAUGUUGAUGUAUGUGAUUAAAAUUAUCUCAGGUUUUAA